AUGGAGGAAUCAGUUGAGGUAGCUUUUAGUUAUAUACAAUCUUAUUUAGAGAAAAACAAGGAAAAUUUUGAAAAAGAAUUAAAUAUUUUGAAAAAGAAAAAUAUUAAUAUUCAUGCUCCUGAAGGAGCAGUUAAAAAAGAUGGACCGAGUGCUGGAAUUACUUUGACUACCGCUAUUCUUUCGGCUCUAACUAACCAAACAGUUCCGACUGAUAUUGGUAUGACAGGGGAGAUCACUUCCAAAGGAAAAAUAUUAAAAAUUGGUGGCUUGAAAGAAAAAGCUAUUGCAGCCCACCGUAGUGGAAUUAAGACCAUUAUUAUUCCUAAGGCUAAUGAAACAGAUAUCGAAGAUAUCCCACAAGAAAUUCGUGAAGUUCCAGGGAAAGCACAGCCAAAAAGCGUUAAAAAACUUAAAAUUAUUAUGGUAGAAAAUUAUGAAGAAGCUGCGAUAAAAAAAGGAAUGCUAGGCCACCAAACUAUUCAAGAAUUACAAAAAAAGCAAAAAGAACUCGAUGAUUUUAUUGUUCAGAAAAAAAACUUGACUGAUGCCGAUAGUAAAUCUAGUUUCAUCCGGACUAAAAUUGCUCUGUUAGUCGAAAUUGGCGAAUUGGCUAACGAUUUUGGGAUUAACUUUGUAGAUUAUAAAUUUCAGAAAUUAGUCCCCGAGCCAGAUUUUAACGAACUUUUGUUGGCUUUUUUUUCAGAAACCGAAUCAUUUAGCAUAAACGCGGAUUCUCUUUUAAAAGGAGUUGAAAAAGAAAUUCUUGUGAUUAAAGGCAACAGCCAAAUAAUAACUAAUAAAAAGAUAGCAGGGAAAAUUAGAGAUGAGAUUAUAAGGCGAAGCAAAAAUCAAAACUGCUCCGGCAAAACGCUUAAAAAUGAAUUAGCCCAAAAAAUGGGAAUGAAAAGUGAAACAGAAAUUCGCAAGGCUUAUAUGGAUAAAAAUCGUUGGCAGAAUAGAAUAAUGGAAGUUGAUAGUAUUGAAAACGCAAAAAAAGUUUUACACUCUUUAAGAAAUGGCACUAUCACUGCUUUUGGCGGAAGGUUUCGCGGAGCCAGUUAUGAUAAAAAUGCCGAAAGAAUAGUAAAGCAGGCUCAAAAGUCUUUAAAAGAAGCAAUAAAAAACUACGAAAGGGGAGAUGUUGUAAAUGUUAAAGAAACUGCUAUUGUUCCUUCUUCUUAUUAUAAUUGGUGGUUGAUUGUUCCUAUCAGUGGAGCGAUCUUAGUUUUGUUACUGUUGGCAGGCGUAUUUUUAGUAAAGAGAAAAUUUAAAAAAUGGAGAUCCAUAUCCCUUGAUUAA